UCUCCGCGGCGGAGGAUGCGGGAGCGCAUCUGGGCGCCGCUGCCGCUGCUGCUGCCCUGGCUACUGCUGCCGCCGCCGCUGUGGGGCGGCCCCCCGGACAGCCGGCGCCUGGAGCGGGAGCCUGAGCCCGGGCCUCUGCAGCCUUUCGACCUGCUCUACGCCAGCGGCGUGGCCGCCUACUACGGCGGGGACUACGAGCUGGCCGUGCGCGACCUGGAGGCGGCUCUGCGCAGCCACCGGCGCCUGAGGGAGAUCUGCACGCGCUGCGCCCGCCACUGCACCGCGCGCCGCCCGCUCGCGCCCCCGGGCGCCGGCCCCGGGGCCGAGCUGCCCUUCUUCCGCGCGCUGCUCGAGCGCGCGCGCUGCUACCGCAGCUGCCAGAGCCAGCGCCUCGGGGGCCCCGCGUCCCGCCACCGCGCCAGUGAGGAUGUGCGCAGCGACUUCCAGCGCAGAGUGCCCUACAACUACCUGCAGCGGGCCUACAUCAAGCUUAACCAGCUGGAUAAGGCAGUGGAAGCAGCCCACACCUUUUUCAUGGCCAACCCCGAGCACAUGGAAAUGCAGCAGAAUAUCGAGAAUUACAGAACCAUGGCCGGCGUUGAAGCCCUCCAGCUGGUAGAUCGGGAAGCCAAACCACACCUGGAGAGUUACAGUGCAGGAGUAAAACACUAUGAGGCUGAUGACUUUGAACUAGCUAUCAAGUACUUUGAACAAGCUUUAAGAGAAUAUUUCAACGAAGAUAUGGAGUGCAGAGCCCUGUGUGAGGGGCCGCAGAGAUUUGAGGAGUAUGAGUUCUUAGGGUAUAAAGCCGGUCUCUAUGAAGCCAUUGCAGAUCACUACAUGCAGGUGCUGGUCUGUCAGCAUGAAUGCGUGAGGGAACUCGCCACGCGCCCUGGCCGCCUCUCACCCAUCGAGAACUUUCUUCCCCUGCAUUAUGACUACCUACAGUUUGCCUACUAUCGAGUGGGCGAAUAUGUGAAGGCCUUGGAGUGUGCCAAGGCUUAUCUUCUGCUCCAUCCAGACGACGAGGACGUCCUGGACAACGUGGACUACUAUGAGAGUCUGCUGGAUGAUGGCACCGACCCAGCGUCUGUUGAGGCCAGGGAGGAUUUGGCGAUGUUUGUGAAGCGUCAUAAACUGGAAUCAGAACUAAUACGAUCAGGGGCAGAGGGCCUUGGAUUUUCAUACACUGAGCCGAAUUAUUGGACUCGAUACGGAGGACGGCAGGAUGAGAAUCGGGUUCCUUCAGGAGUGAAUGUGGAAGGGGCCGAAGUUCAUGGAUUGUCAAUGGGGAAAAAGUCAUCACCCAAGAUCGACCGAGACCUAAAAGAGGGUGGCCCCCUGCUCUACGAGAACAUCACAUUUGUCUACAACUCGGAGCAGCUCAACGGGACUCAGCGCGUCCUCCUGGAUAACGUGCUGUCGGAAGAACAGUGCCGGGAGCUGCACAGCGUGGCCAGUAACAUCAUGCUUGUUGGUGAUGGAUACAGAGGAAAAACUUCACCCCAUACACCCAACGAAAAGUUUGAAGGUGCAACUGUCCUGAAAGCACUCAAAUUCGGCUAUGAAGGUCGAGUCCCCCUGAAGAGUGCCCGUCUGUUCUAUGACAUCAGCGAGAAGGCACGGAAGAUUGUAGAAUCCUAUUUCAUGCUGAACUCAACCCUGUAUUUUUCCUACACACACAUGGUCUGCCGAACAGCCCUGUCUGGUCAACAGGAUAGAAGAAACGACCUCAGUCAUCCCAUCCACGCUGACAACUGCCUUUUGGAUCCAGAGGCCAAUGAGUGCUGGAAGGAGCCUCCUGCUUACACGUUCCGGGACUAUAGUGCUCUCCUGUAUAUGAAUGACGACUUCGAAGGAGGAGAAUUCAUAUUCACGGAGAUGGAUGCCAAGACUGUGACUGCCUCUAUAAAACCGAAGUGUGGGCGUAUGAUCAGCUUCUCAUCUGGAGGAGAGAACCCACAUGGGGUGAAGGCAGUCACCAAGGGCCAGAGGUGUGCGGUGGCUUUGUGGUUUACCCUGGACCCACUUUACAGAGAACUGGAGCGAAUACAGGCGGAUGAAGUGAUCGCCAUCCUGGAUCAAGAACAGCAAGGGAAGCAUGAACUGAAUAUCAACCCCAAAGAUGAGCUAUAAAAAUGAGGGGGGGAAAGAGUGUUCUAUCAGAUAUUUAUUUAAAUUGUUAAUCUUAUGAGAACCUUUUUAUUUUUGUACAGAGCCACGAUAUAAAUUAAUAGGUUAAUAUGAGUCACCGGAUCUCCCUUCUGUUCCUAAGGAUCCUUGCUUGGCUCAGUCAAGUCUGUCUGUCUUGGUUUUUCAUCAGUUCAUCUCUCAACGCCCAGUCCCCUCUCCCCACCACACACACACACACACACACACACACACACACACACACACACACACACACACACACACAGUUCUAAACUUAGCGUGUGAUUUGGACUCAGAAGGCCUUCCUGGCUCGGUGCCUUUUAGCCACAGUCUCACCCAGGGCUGACGGCCAGCCAGGAGUUGGAAUCCAAGGAGUCCAUGGCGAGGUCAGAACUCUUCAGGGAUCACGGGCCAGAGGGUCCCCAGGCUCUGUGGAGGAACCGCUCUGAUGAGUGCUGUGGGAGACGACCGGGUUCAGCCUUCCCAGGCCCUGGGGGCAGUUUCUGGCUCCGGUGUUUUCAGCAGAACCUGGCACUGGAAGCCUCGAUUCACCCUCCACAGCGCUUCAGAAAGGACUGCCCUAGGAGCUGUGUCUUUAAAACGGCUGUCGAGGGGUUAAAAUAGAAUGGCCCAUCUUCCCAGGGACUUUGGAAGGAAACCUUUAAUCCCAUCUGCACGGGGGCACCAUCACCACGUUGCCUGAGAGUGGGGUCCACUGGUGAGAAGAGAUGUUUUGUUCUGAAGACAGAAAAAUGGAUUUCUGGUUGAUUCCAGUCUUCAGCUGUGUCUGUUGCUGGCCCCUUCUCUUUGCUGCGCUCCAGCUCGUGGAUUUUAGUGCUUGUAUCUGACUUGUGUAAUAAAGGGAGCCUUAUUUUGA